AUGGCGCCGCCGGAGGCGGGCGCGGGGACGUCCGCGGAUGGUCUGAGACGAGGUGCGUUCGCGGCGUUUGAGCCGUAUCGGGGUGGUGCGAACGGGACGAGCGCGGGCGGUGUGGAUGGGGACGGGGGGGCGUCGAGCGCGCCCGCGAGGGGGUUCGCCGUCGGGAGCGCGCCGAUCGGCGCGGGAUUUUAUAACGCGAUGGGGGUGGUCGGAGGGGGUGGAAUCGGAUCCGGUGCGUCGAUGGCGAUGGCGCACGCGGCGUUCGGGACGUCUCCGGGGUCGUUCGGGGCGUCGCCAACGUUUUACGGAUCGUCGCCCACGGCUAUUCCGCAAGUCUCGAGACCCAUGGCGCAGCCAGAGCGAGGGUUGGGAUUUCCGGGAUUAUCGUCCUCGCUCCCGGGAAAGCAUCACAUCGGAUCGCCAAACAGUGGAUUCAGCGCGUUUAGUCCCCCGAUGAACAUGAAAGACUCGCCUCGGUCGUUGGCGAGCUUUUCGUCGUCUCCGCCGGUUCGAUCGGGGGGCGUGCACAAGCCGUCGACGAGCGUGACCAAGGUGAAGAGGAUGGAGCUCGCUCGCGCCGCCGUCAGCGAGGCGACGGCGGCUGCGCAAGCGGUCGCAUCGUUGCCGAACGCGGCGGCGGUUUCGUCGCCGCCGUUGAAUUCGAGCGGCAAACCGCAGAAGAGCGUGUACAGAGGCGUCAGGCAGCGACCGUGGGGCAAGUACGCGGCGGAGAUCAGAGACCCAACGCGUGGUUCGCGACUUUGGCUCGGCACGUUCGAUUCUGCCGAAGAGGCGGCGUUGGCGUACGAUGCCGCCGCGCGGGCGAUUCGUGGAGACGCAGCCGUGACAAACUUUGGCAAGGAUGUUCCCAUUCCGGCGUCGGUGCGAUCGCAGUUGCCGCCGCUGCCGACGCGACCGGUGCAAGGUCGCGGAGGAGGAAUACCUCGCGACGACAGUGCGUUAUCCGGGCGCAUGUCCAAAUUAUCCACGUCCACCAAGCCGGCGAACCUUGAGGAAGAGGCGGAGAUGUUGCUCAUGCUUCAAGGCGCCGAUAGCGGGAAGGGUAGCACGCCGGAGAGAUCCGAGUCGAUCGAGGACGGAGCCGGCGGUAUGGAUCUCGACGAGGAUAACGGUGCGAGCUCGGUGACCGUUGGCUUGACUCUACGCGCGCAAAAGUCAAACGCUCAGCCAAUCGCGCCCAUGGCAUCGAUGCCGCGAGAGACGGGCGACACUUCGAACGCGAUGAUUUCGGCGCUCAAGGCUUCAAACGUCUCUACCCGACCGCGUCGAGGGAACGCUUAG